AGGCUCAUUUUUUUCCCCCAAAAAAAAUAGUUGAAAGUUCUUGCAAUGGUAACUUUUGCAGCCUCAGCUUUUGCAUCAACAAGUUCGCAUGUCAACUAUGGAGUAUCAUCAGUGUCAGAUUCCAAAGCAAGUUCAGAGAAAGUUUGGUUAAUGAAGCAGAAGGUGACCCAUUACGGAUUAAGGGUCUUGACCAAAGUGGAUGAGUUGAGUAUCAACACCAAACUAAAACUAAGUGGUGCUACUAGAAGAAGAGAUGGGAGGCUGCUUUCAGGCAAGAUCGUCUGCGGUAGUGGUAUGAAUUUAGUAUUUGUGGGAACUGAAGUGGGUCCUUGGAGCAAAACCGGUGGACUUGGAGAUGUUCUUGGGGGUCUUCCACCAGCUAUGGCGGCAAAUGGGCAUCGCGUUAUGACGAUUUCUCCACGUUAUGACCAGUACAAGGAUGCUUGGGACACAAAAGUUACUGUUGAGGUUAAACUGGGAGAAAGAAUAGAGAAAGUUGGCUUCUUCCACUGCUACAAACGAGGAGUUGAUCGUGUGUUUGUGGACCAUCCAAUGUUCCUCGCAAAGGUUUGGGGGAAAACUGCUUCCAAAAUCUAUGGUCCUACUGCUGGAGAGGAUUAUGAAGACAAUCAACUUCGGUUUAGCCUUCUAUGCCAGGCAGCUUUAGAAGCUCCAAGGAUUCUGAAUUUUACCAGCAGCAAAUAUAAUUCUGGGCCAUAUGGUGAAGAUGUUGUCUUCAUAGCUAAUGAUUGGCACACUGCCCUUAUACCAUGCUACCUGAAAGCCAUUUAUAAAGCCAAAGGCUUAUACAAGAGUGCCAGAGUUGCUUUUUGCAUCCACAACAUUGCUUACCAAGGCAGAUUUGCAUUCACAGACUUCAAGCUCCUCAAUCUCCCAGAUACUUUUAAAGGCUCUUUUGAUUUCAUUGACGGCUAUGAAAAACCAGUGAAGGGAAGGAAAAUAAAUUGGAUGAAGGCUGGAAUCCUGGAAUCUGAUAAGGUCUUGACUGUUAGCCCAUACUAUGCCAGGGAGCUUGUUUCCGGCGUUGAGAAAGGAGUUGAGUUAGACAACGUUCUUCGAAAAACCGGGAUCAUGGGGAUUGUGAACGGCAUGGACGUCCAAGAAUGGAAUCCUUCAACUGACAAAUAUUUAUCCGUCAAAUAUGAUGCUUCAACUGUCAAGGAAGCAAAGGCCAUACUGAAAGAAGCCCUCCAAGCAGAAGUAGGUUUGCCAGUAGAUAGAAAUAUCCCUGUCAUAGGUUUCAUUGGUAGGCUUGAAGAGCAGAAAGGUUCAGAUAUUCUUAUAGCAGCCAUUCCCUAUUUCAUCAAAGAGAAUGUUCAGAUUAUAGUUCUGGGAACUGGGAAAAAGCCAAUGGAGAAGCAGCUCCAACAGUUGGAGACAUUGUAUCCCGACAAGGCUAGAGGAGUUGCAAAAUUUAAUGUUCCUUUGGCCCAUAUGAUAACAGCCGGAGCUGAUUUCAUCUUGGUUCCUAGCAGAUUUGAGCCUUGUGGUCUUAUUCAGUUGCAUGCUAUGCGUUAUGGAACUGUACCAAUUGUUGCCUCAACUGGGGGGUUAGUAGACACUGUCAAAGAAGGUUUCACCGGAUUUCAGAUGGGAGCCUUCAAUGUAGAAUGUGAUGAAGUUGAUCCGGUAGACGUGCAAUCAGUGGCUAAAAACGUUACAAGAGCCCUUGCCACAUGUGGAACUUUAACUUUGACCGAGAUGAUAAAGAAUUGCAUGGCUCAAGAUCUAUCAUGGAAGGGUCCCGCUAAGAAGUGGGAGGAGAUGCUGCUGAGCCUUGGUGUUGAUGGCAGCGAAGAUGGUAUUGAUGGCGAGGAAAUAGCUCCUAUGGCCAAGGAAAAUGUAGCAACCCCGUGAGAACAAAGUUCUACCAUUCCACGGCAGAUCAUGGAGAUUUUUAACUUAAACUAGAUGUACUCCAUAGCCCAAAUAAAAGCCUUUAAUAUUUGUUUCAACCAUGCUUUAGAGACGUGUGGUCAACUGUAUCAAGGGUCUUUGCAUUGUGUAAUGUGAACCUAGAUAACUAACCAAUUAAUAAAAGAUUAAUUUUCUCCUAGAAA